GAAAAGACAACUAUCAAAACAGGAAAAGGGGAUGUGGAGAAAACGAUGGAAACAGGAAGAGAAGAACAGGUCAUUUUCUUCUGGCAGUUUUCCAAUGCUUUUAGUGUAACUGGGGGAACUGACCAGUCUCUGUGGAUACGGGAGGCGGACGGGAUCCUGGACACUGCUGCCGGGCUCAGCUGUGCUCAAGCGUGCUGAGCAGCAAAAACUGAACAAGGUUUUCGUGAAAUAUUUAUUGGUGCAUCCGGACAUAGAGGGGAUUACCAGAAUAACAGAGCGUAUGAAAGGUGCCAACACCGUCCUCUGAUGCCCCCUGCAACCCUGUGGCAGCCCAAGACGGUAACAUGAUUUAAUCUGCAGACGAUCUCUAGAAGAUAUCCCCAGCCACGUCUGUGCUGCUGUCUGUACGGCUGGCUCAGCCUCUCCUGGGGGGGGGGGGAAUUCGUAGCAUCCAGCCGCUGGCAUCUUCUCCUGGCGGAAGCUCAACCAUUGGAAGGGGAGGGAAAAAAAAAAUCCUGAUGAGGAUGUUCGCACAUGCUGUUCUCUGCCUCCUCGCCCGUGUGUUCUGCUGAAGGAUCGGGACAUCUGCACCGAAAGGAGCGCGGCGGAGCUUGCCCUGGCUGGGGCUGAAGUUCCUCCAGCGCCGCGGGGGUUUGAGUGCCUGCAGCGCGCCGGGGGCGGCCCGCGGCCCUACCCGCGGCGUCCACGGGCAGGCUCGGUUAAAACAUUUCAAGCCUAAUGGCCUCUGGCAUAAACAAGAUUCAUCAACCCGGGACUUGCAACGGAUCUAAAGCCGCUCGCAGCAGCUUGGCGGAGGAAUGCCAUCAGGACAUGCACAUGAAAAUGUGCAAGAAGAUUGCACAGCUCACGAAGGUGAUAUAUGCCCUGAACACUAAGAAUGAUGAACAUGAGGCUAGUAUACAGGCUCUGAGAGACGCUCAUGAAGAAGAAAUUCAGCACAUUCUUGCUGAGACAAGGGAAACAAUUCUCCAGUGUAAAAGCAAAGCUGAAGAAGAAAAAUUGCUGAGAAAACGUAUUCAGGCCCUUGAACUUGCAGUAGAACAACACAAGAGACUAAAGGAAGAAGCCUUGGCAGAGUUAACAUUGUGCAAGAAGCAGGUGGAAAAGAAGGAGCCGGGAACGGAAGUGAAACAAGCAGAGAUGACCCUUUCUACAGGCAUGGUAGAUACCAAUGCAGACUUUGAAAACAAGCUUCUACAUUUAAAUCAGGAGCCUGAUGGACUGCUAAAUGAGUGCAAAGCAUCCAGGAGAGCAAAUUUAGAUAAAAAAGUAAUUUUAGAUGAAAAAUACACUGUGGAAGGACAAACUCUACUAAGUGAGAUGGAAAACCCAAAGAGUGUGAAUGAGAGAGCAGCUGAAGAAUAUACUCAGAAAACAAGCAAACUGCAAGCCUCUUAUGAGAGAGAAAAAGAGGAUUUGAAAAAUGCUAUGCAGCAAUCUAUGAUAGAAGCAAAGAAAAAUUGUCAGCAAAGAGAAGUGGAGCAAAGGAAGAGCUCAGAGGCUGAGGAGGGGUUUUUGCUGCAGCAGGUAAAGAAGCUGGAGGCAGACCUGGAGGAGAAAAGCCAGAAGAUAAAUGAGAGGAAGAAGCAUUCCCAGAAGCUGAAGGAGAGAAUACAGGAGCUCCAGGCACAGCUAGAGGAAUUUAAAAGAAAAUCUGAGUGUGGGCUAAAGCAACUAGAGAAAGAGAAAGAAGUCCUAACUGGGAAACUUCAAAACUCUUCACUUGAGGUGGCUCAGCUGAAGCAAAUAUUAGAUGAACAAGCAAAUAAUUUCAAGGAGUCUCUGAAGAAGCAUAACCUACAGUCCAACAAAGAAAAAGAGAAGCUUUUGCAGGAUCUCCAAAACACCAUUAAAGAAAACCAGAACAUUAAGCUGCAGCUGGAGGCAUCACAUCAAAAAGUCUUAAAAAUGUUGGAGAAAAGCAAAAAUCAGGAACUCAAGGAGGCAGAAGAACGUUUGAAAAAGGAAUUUAAUGAGACUUUCAAGAUCCAACAUCAGUCUCAUAGGCUAGAAAUACAAGCCUUGGAAGAGAAAGCAAAGAAAGAAUUACAGGAUGAACUGAAGCAGAUACAGAAGCAGCAAACCCUGUUGCUAGGAUCUCUAAGGAUGGAACUCUCUGAGCAACAGACAUCGUGCACUAAUCUCAAGAAACAAAUAGAAGAACUCCAAAUGGAGCUGAGGAGUGUGAGGACACUGAAGAAGCAACAGGAAGGAAGUAGCCAGAGCCAGAUCAGAUCUCUUCAUGAUGAACUGGAAAAAUGUCAGAGUGAAAUUUCUGAACUCAAGAAAGAGAAUUUACUUUUGAAGGACACAAUGGAGCUACUCAGCGCCGAGUUGGAGUCACAGAAGCAAGAAGCUGCACAGCUUCAGGAUAGGGAGAAACAGCACAGAAGAAUUAAAGAAUUAGAAGAAAAGUCAAGAAAGUGCAAGUCCAGCUCAGAAGAAACACACCUUAUAGGCUGUCUGCAAGAUCAAUUAAGUGAGAGAGAAGAGAUUACCAAGCAGCUGGCGGAAGGAAGAAAAUUUCAGCAUUCACUUAUAGCCAAUACGGCAUCUUACAGGAAUCGAUCGUUUUCUUUCAACCGUAAUACAGGAUGCUUGACUCCUUCCAUGAAGCAGCAGAAGAAAACGCUUGAGGUGCCCAGUCGUGUUGUCAGUGUUCCGAAUUUAGCUUCCUACGCAAAAAGCUUUUUGAGCUGUGACUUGAGAUCAAAAAGAAGUGCUCCUCAGAUCACAAAAUCUACAAGCUUAGACCGGAGCCCUGGCUGCCUCAGGGUGGGCUCUCCAUCAGCACAGUCCUCAGACAGCAGCGCUGUCACAAGGACACAUGGCAAUGAACCACCACAAACCAAAGAUGACCAAAAACAAGACCCUCAGCAUCAAGAAUGGUUUACUAAAUAUUUUUCAUUUUAAGGCAUAUGUUUCCAUGCUUCCCAGAAUUACUAGAAAAGCUUUUCCUGUUUUCUUUUAGGGAAUGAUAAUCCAAUAUAUGAUUUAGAAAAAAAAAAAAAGUAAUUUCCAAGUAAGUAAUUAGGAACAACUGCACUCUCUUACAUCUAAUUACUAUGGAGUUAUAGGCAUGGAUUUCAGAAAAAUGCAUUUUUUUUAACAACCUCUGUAAAAAAAAUGAAGGAAAAGCAAAAUUCUGGAAACUGUUACAUGGAGAGACUUUUUAAUCAAGCGACUGUAUCACUCCACAAUUACAUUAAAUAUGCAGUUUGGUCUCUGAUACAUCCUGCCAAUCUGGCUCCAGCUGAAGAAAGAUCUUACUUCUGUAGGUGAUUUCUGUACGUUUAUAUGCUUGUUUCAUUGGCCGUUUGAAGUAAUUUCUGCAUAUAAUAAUGUAAUUUUUAAUAGGUUUUUGUUAAACUUAUUUUAAGCUGUACAGCAUGCAGUAUACCUCCAAGAAUAGCAUGUUUAUAGCAGGCUGGUUUAGAAAUGCUUUCUGGUUUGCUUUAAUAAACUGUUUUGUAUAGUCAGCAUUGCAAUAUAAUAUUCCUGUUGCACUUCAAGACAUGUAACAAUCACCCUGAUAUAUUAGGAUAAUAUGUAAGUGACCAUUAAAACUUGCUUGUAAAUCAUCCAUUUCUAUGUUUUGCAAAAUAAUGUUAUGCUACAUUGAAGUGUGAGUCAGACUCAAGUUCCAGACUUACGGGAACUGCGUACUUAUACAUUAUAUCUCAGUAUUGUUCUUAUGCCGUAAAUGCACAGUGGGCAAAUGGCUACAUGUAUCAGAUCACGCUAGCUAACUCAUGGCUGGGAGGAAAGACCCAUGAAGAAAUUAACCCUCAGGUAAUUAUCAACAAACGUGAAAGGCAGGGAACUGUGCAACCAGCAGCCUGGUGUUUAAGAUAGAAUAGUUCAUCUUCAACUGCGGUACGAUUUGAAUCCCCAUUUAAUUUCAAAGAGCAGGGCCCAGCUAUUUAACAAAUUUUACGUGUGCGAAGCGGUGCACCUCCAGCCUCACUGCUUCUUAUAGCAAACAGCCAGCAAGAGCUGUAACAACAGAUGCAAGCACUUACCACAGAAGAGCUGCUGCACCUGGCCUGUGCUAAAAGGGUGGCAGAAGAGGCAGAAUGCUUCUAGAGGCCCACUUUCAUCCCACCUGCCUAGUAUUUUUUCCAAGAUGAACUGCUUGGUUUGGAAGUAGACUUUGGCAUCAGAUUUA